ACGUUGGAGAAGCACAGCGGAGACUGGAGCGCACGAGAGACAGAGGGCUGGAAUUGCAGAGGCAGAGGCGCACGGGCGCACGGUCGAUUUUCGCCUCCCGCAUACUGGGAAGUCCCGUGCCUGUCACCAAAAACGGAACACAGGGCUUGAGCGCAGCUAUGUCAGCACCUUAAUUUGGAACAAGACUGUUAAGCAACCUCCCCGCGCCCCGUUUUUAUCCCAUUUUCCAUCCUUUCGUGCUUUUGCUCUCCCAUCUCUGUGGGUGCAGAUAUUGAUGUGAGCCAGAGGAGCGGUUUUUCCGUUGAGCCGCACGAGACGGCGGCGCGCGACGGCAAGAGGAGACAGCGUUGAAAUUGAUGUGGGAGGACGGUCUCUCUCCGAAGAGGGGAGCCCAGAUGAAGGGGGAACACUGCGCUCGGACGGCUGCAGCCGCCGAGGCGACAGCACCGUGACCCGGGCGAGGAGAGGAGCGAAGCCCCGCCGCCGACGCGAACCCACAGCCCCGCCAGCCAGCGCUGACACCGCAGCAGCUCCAGCGACACAGCCAGCGCGAGCCCCCCAAGACUCCCGCUCUCUCCCCUGUAACCAUGGGCAAAAGACAGGAGCAGAGGGGAGAGAGAGAACUAUGUGAGCUCUCCACUGCAGUAUUGAUGACCCAAUGAUCCCCUGCAGAACAGAGCCAGUCAGGCAGACAGAGUGAGGCUCAACUCAGAAUCAAAAUCAGAAUCAGCACCACAACCAUUUGGUAAAAGCGACCAAUUGAGCAGGAAAUGAAUGGUUCUUGAAUGUUCGUGCCAGCCUUUAGAGGAAGACAAGGAAGAAAAACAAAAUUUCAUACAGCAGAAAACAUCACCGUCUUUCUCCUCCCUCAGUACCAGCAAGACCUUCCACUGAAUGAGUAGCUUGUCAGAUCACCUGCAUUCAGGCCAAACUGGGGCUCCAGUGGGCUGUGGUGGGACUCAGGCAGAGGGAAAAGCGUGUUUGGGAGGGCUGGAGGGGCUGGCAGGACCUGAGCUCUGGACCAGGGAGCUCGGGCUCCAGGAGGGGUCCCAGGAUCCCUCUAAUGAUGGACUGGUAUCGGUGACCUCCGACCACUUUCUGCCCUCCUCUCCUUCCACCCUGGCCAACGGCAUUCAUCUACAGAGAAGGGCUGGGCACAGUACCUGCAGGCGGAGGCAGACAGAGACUCAUACUAUCGCUGAGACGCAUCCAUUUCCAGAGACACUUAGUAACAUGCAAACGCACAUAGAUCCAGAUGUGCAUGCACAAGCUGUUUCACACUCACUCAUGGACAAUUGUGGACACAUGGAUAUCAACACACAUACAGGUUCUGUAGCACCAGAGGGCUCCAGAACUCUCACACCAGAGGCCAUACACACAACCUCACCUCAACCCCUGUCUUUGGCACUUGGAAAUCAUCCUGCCUCCUCCAAUCAGCUGGCAGCUCCAGUCCUCACUGCAGAGACAGACAUACCCUCAACCUUUUGUCCGGUCCCUAUUGGUCCAAACCCAAACACAGGCUCCUCUUCUCUUCCUGUGGAAGCAGAGAAGAAGUAUGCACUCCGCAGCUCUGGACGUCCCAGAUUUCCCUGUCACCUGCGCAAAUCUUCCCGUCUCCGUCGAAGUAUGGAGGAUGGAGAGAAGAAAGCAGUGAGGGAGAGGGCAGAAGAUGAUGAGGGUGAAGUCUUGGAGGAGAAAAUUUGGAGGGUUAAAGAGGAGGAGGUGGCUGUUGGUGUGAAAGAAGAACAUCCAUCUGUGAAGGUUGUUCUCCCAACACCUCCCUGCCCUACAGACAUGGUUGUUGCUCUAACUGUACCCAAACCUGUUCCUAAAGCUAUACCUAAACCUGGACCCAGACUUGGGCACAGACCCGGACCUAAAUCCAGGUCUAGGCCCCCACCGAAGCCUGUCCAUAAAGCAGCUCCUAAAAGUGUCAUGAAAAAGCGUCAAGCAGCUCAACGCGCUGCCUCUCAGCUCUCUUUUACAAACACAUCCACCAUCUCUCCACCUCUGCUAACUUUGAAGGAUGAACCUGUUGCAGAGUUGGUGACAUCUCCUUCUAAUGGUCGUAGACGUGGGCGCUUUGUAGGCGUGAGGAAGAUUGUUGUAAAGGUGGCUCGCAUUCCCGUCAGCCUUAGCCGCAGACAGAAGAGCUACAAGAUUUCCAAUUUGGAGACAACUACAGCGACAGAAAAAGGCCAGGAUGGUGCUUUGGAUGGCUCAGAGGCAGUUCGAGAGCCGACCGCACUUCUUCGCAUGAAGAACAAUGGGAAGAGUGUUAUGGUGAUGUUCCCUCCUGGAGAACUGCCUGUUAUUCUCAAACGCAGGCGGGGACGACCACCUAAACAGGCUCUGCCAGGAAUACCGGGAGAGCCUCAGAAUGUCACAAAUGCAAGUGGUAAUGGAGAUCAGCCCAAGAAGCCCCAGAGGCGACGCCGGACUAAACUCCCUUCCCCUUAUCCAUCUUAUGUUAAUGACACUAACGAUGUGAAAACAGAGUAUGGGGAUGUGCUGUCCAAACUAGCCUUUUUAAACCGCCAGCCCCCUGCCACUGGCCGCUGCUCUCCCCCCCGGUGCUGGACACCUAGUGAGCCAGAAAGCUUUCAUACCCCCUUGGAAAACCCUGGAAUAUCCACCCUGCUCCACCGGCUCACUGGAUCUAGACGCCCCCGAGGUGGCAGAGGAGGGGGCACUGGCAGAGGUGGAGGAGCAGCAGGGGGUAUUGGGGGCAAUUUGGGCAAUAAAAGCACCUUUAGUGACUUCUUUGAAUCUAUUGGCAAGAAACGGAAACCAAGCGUCCUUUCUGAGCAUGGAUUACCUAGGAAAAGGGGAAAGUGUGGAGGUGGGGUUGGUAGGGGAGGGGGCGUGGUAGGAACCGAAUCUGGGGGAGAGAAAACAGUCAAGAGGAGACGUGUAAGAAAAAAUGGUGCAUUUAAAGGGGAGGGGGUGUCCAUGGGGCAGGACUGGUCCAAUGGGGCAGGUGGCUGGGGUGAGGAGGGGGGUAUGGACAAGGAGAAAGGUUUGGGUGGGUAUCAGCUUUGUGGAUCUCCCAGGGGGGGAUUUUCCUCCUGUGAACUGGGAAGGGGAGGUGCCUACAGCAGUCCAGGAGGAAGCAGAGGGGUGGGGGCAGCAGGGGACGACUCACAAGGCCUGUUUGCUGGAUACUUUCGGUCACUCCUUGACUCAGAUGAUUCGUCAGACCUGUUGGACAUCUCCUCGCAGACAGACCCUCGCAAAGCUUCCUCUACCCCUGGUUAUGAGCCAUCCAGUCCAGCUACUGGUCAAAGCUGGUCCCCAGCAUUUCCCAAGUGGAGCACCAAGGGUGCAAGUUCUGGGGCAGAGGGUUCAGCCCAGACACACUCCUCGGGCAGGUCUCCAUUCAGCUAUUGCAGCCUCGCCCAAACAUCGCCCACCACUUCAAUCUAUCCCAAAUCCACUCCUCCAUCUCUCUCACACUCUCCCAGCUCCCCUCAUCCAGCCUCUUAUGGGCACUACUCCUCUGGCUAUUCCUCCUCUUCUCCUGCAGGGCCACAGAGAUCCUCAGACUGCAGCUUUGCAUAUGGACCUGGCAAGGCCAUGGCUGGUGGUCAAAUUAGUUAUUCUAGCUAUCAGGCAGCAGUCAAGCGAGGCUUUAGUGGAUAUCCUGCAGCUGGUCAUUCCUCCAUGGUGCGGGGGGAGUCGACUGGACCCACAUCACCAGGAGGAGGGUACAUGUCCGUGGCCAAAGGCAGCCCUUUCAGCUCCUCUUCCUCUCCAGAAGGUUACAAACAGUAUAAUUCCAAUCAGUGGGGCUACAGACAAGGUUUUGGUGGCUGGUCAACAGACAGCUUUGGGCAUCAGUAUCAUGGCUACAGUGAAUAUGGCUCCAAUGAGUCCAAAGACAUCUUGGAUAUCUCUAACUACACCCCUCAGAAGGCGAAACGACAACCUUUUUCUGAGAGUCUAUCAGAAUCCUCCUCUGACUCUUCACAUCUUGGCUCUGUAGCCACUGGUAGUGGACCUAGCUCCACAGGUGGCACUUACAAACAUAAUGAGGCUGCAUCUGUCACUGGAGAAGGGGGUCAAUCAAGUCUGUCCAGCCUUGAGAAGUUGAUGAUGGAUUGGCAUGAGAGUGCUUCGGGGCCCUCAUAUAACUGGAGCCAAAAUGUCCUCUUCCAGGGUGGCGGUACCAGCAAACCCGGUCGUGGUCGCAGGAAACGGGCUGAACCACAAUCAGAAAAAGAAGGGGGUUCUGCUUUUCACUCUGAUUCCCCAUCCAGUCCCUCUCCAACACCUACUCCAGGACCUAAGCGAGGAGGCGUUGGAGGACGGGGCAGAGGGUCAAGAGGAGGCAGAGGGGGUUUGUCCCCAUGUCAGAGAGAGCGCCCAUCAGGGGCCAAAGGCAGGGGAAAGGCUGCCUCUACAUCUGGAGUCGGAGUAGCAGUGACUGCUGGAGGUCCAGACGGGUCUGGGCUGUUCCACGAUGGGCUGGACUAUUACAGUGGUGACAGUAGUAGUCUCUCUCCCCUGGCCACUCCAAAUCCUGCACCAACUUCUAACUACCCCCAGGACCCCUGUGAGUAUCCUUCCCCUUACUCUGCCCACCCAUCCACACCUUCCUCUGAGGAGCGGUAUCCAGCUUUGUUCCCUGGAGAGUCCUCCUCUUCCCUCUCACCCAGUGUCUCUUCUCCCCCUUAUCCUCCCAAGCCCACCCCUCCUCCGCCUCAGUCUUAUCACCCUGUCCCCUCCAGGACCUUCUCCCCCUCCUGCUCUCCCUCACCCCGGUUAACACCCCACUGUGGCACUGCACUGAGUCCCUCACACCGCCCCCCUCCUAAAGACCCACAAUUCUCGCAGUAUGACUCUCCCAGCUAUUGCAGCUCCCCCUACUGGUACGGACAGACAUCACACAGCAGCAGCCCCAGCCCGCACUCGCACAGCGCACACACAAACACAGCCGUGCACACACACAGCAACCCGCGCACAAGUCCUCAUGGAAAUACACAAAGUAAUCCGCUUUCGAGCCAAAAUGUGAACACAAAUAUGAACCCAACACCCCACGACACACACCAUCACAAUACACAGUCCCACGCAAACCUGAGCUCACACACCAACACUCAUCCCAACUCACACCUCCAGAGCAACCCCCUCUCCCACGCAAACCCUCACACCAACAAUCAGCCCCACCACAACACACACUCCAACCCCAGUCCCGGCCUCCACCCCCACUCAACACCUGUGCUUUAUGAGGAGUGCAGCCCUCCUACUACCGUACCCCAGCACAAGCGAGAUCUAACCCCCCAUGCUUUGAGCACAGGCCAUCGCCAGGGUCCCCUGCCUCACUCCCCAUACCCCAAACCUCCCCUGGACUCCUCGCCCCAUCAGGAGGACACUAGCGGCUUCUCCUUGUCCCAUCAAUCCUACCAGGGCAUGGGACACCGCUACCCCUCCCAGGCUGCACAGGGAGGUGGGGUGCUGUGCCAGCUCCUGGACCCAGCCAAUGAUGACAGCUUCAGCGUCACCAGCCUGUAACAGCAGGUGCAUUCAAUCCAAGCUUUUUCAAAUUUGCAAACAUUUUUUUCUUUAUUUUUUUCGUAAGGAGACUUUUUUUGUGAGAGACUGUGAAAUGAAGGGUGAGAAUUUAGCUGCCAGCUUUGGACAGUAGAGCUUUAAUUCUCCAGCACUGACAAUCAAGAUCAACCGCAACUUAAACGCCCAAGCAUGCACGCGCACACACACACACACACACACACACACACACACACACACACACACACACACACACACACACACACACAGGCAUGUGCAGAUUAAUCCACUACC